GUAAACAUCUCACUGUUCAUCUGCAGGCAGGACGGCUCUGCUCACGAUGGCAUCACACAAGUGGCAAACAUGGACUUGAGUCACAUGAAAUUGGGUCUUUGCUUUCCUCACAGUAAUGCAUCUUGUCCUAAACUGAUCUAUGAAACUGAAAUUUAUGUACUUUUUUACAUUUUCUCAUGUCUUUUGCUUUUAUCGACAGUCUGUGGAAAUCUCUUUGUCAUCAUUUCGAUUUUUCACUUUGUUAAGCUGCACACGCCGACUAACUUUCUGAUCCUGUCACUUGCUGUGGCCGAUCUCUUAGUGGGUUUCUUUGUGAUGCCAGUCACUUUGAUUCUCCUGAUUCAAACUUGCUGGUACUUUGGAGUUAUUUAUUGUUAUUUCUGUCAGUUCUUUGUAAAUUUUCUUAGUGUAGUUGUGUUAUAUAAUGUGGUUUUAAUAUCCAUUGAUCGCUACAUUGCUGUCUGCCAUCCUUUCUUUUACAGCUCAAAAAUAACUUUGACUGUUGCAAAGAUCAGCAUUGCUGUAGUGUGGCUGUUUGCACUUUUACUCACAGGGAUAUUUGUAUAUUUUAGUCAUUUUGUAACAGACAUAUGCGAACAAACUUGUAUACUGUUUACUUCAAAUGGUAUGGCCAUUUUUUUCUUACUCAUAACUUUUUUUAUUCCUUAUUUCCUAAUGAUUGGUUUUUAUAUCAGAAUAUUUGUAGUUGCCAGAAGCCAUUCAAGAGCCAUCAACUGUAUGACAGAAAAGAGUCAAACUGUGGAGCUGAGUGACAGAAAAAUAUCAAAACCGUCUGAAAGGAAAGCCGCAAAAACAUUAGGAAUAGUCGUGGGGGUGUUUAUGAUCUGCUGGCUGCCUAUUAAUAUCUUCACUCUGAGUGCUGAUUACAGUACUUAUGUCACACGUAUCCUGCACAAUUUCUUUGCAUUGGUAAGUGAAGUGAAUUUUGGAAUUAAUCCAAUUCUUUAUGCUUUUUUUUAUUCCUGGUUCCGAAAAGCACUUAAAAUAAUCCUGACGUUUAAAAUAUUUAGUCCAGCUUCUUCACUGGUCAAUUUGCUAUAAACAUACAAACCUGAAC